AUGCCAACCUUUGUUGUUUCCCAUAGGAGCCCUUUAGUGGCCCUUCUUGUGGCUGUGUCUCUUAAGCUUUAUUACCGUCAGCGAAAUGUUCGGAUUGUCGUAGCGGAAAUCUUCACUAAGAACGCCUCUGGCCUUGCAGAAGUACGUCCUUGGUGUGGUACUAGUGCAUUAUCUUUCCGGCACGUUCGCCAUUGGGACUUUCUUUCGUCCUUGAUAUCUUCUCUCUUGGUGUCUGUACUUGUUUAUGCUGCCAACAUCAGGAUCGUAAACGGCCGCCCCGUCUCCCCUGAAAUUCCUUCCCAACGUUGCCUUGAGGUCAGUCUAGGCUCGCCCAGCCAUCACCUCGCAUUUUUGUACCAUCCUUCUAUGGUGGAGUCUCUUCUCCGACACUUUUUGAGCCAACUGCCCAGCGUCCUGUUUGUGUCGGUUGCAAACAAAGAUAGGACUGCUCAAUUGGUGCAAUACUUGCGGACAUCUGCAGAUCAGGUUGUUUGGGUCCAUUUUGAGUCUCUGUUUUCCAAUCUGAAUCCAUUUGAUGCAGAUCUUGUGGCUUCUUCCAAUAUCUGCUCUACUCGUUACUUUCCUCUCCAUGAACCGUCGCAUCUACCGCCGCAUGUGCUUUGGAUUCCUCAGUGCCGCUCAGUUGCAAAUAUUUCCUCAAAAGUUUCUUUCUCCACGCAUGUACACUCACUUGGAAACUCAUCUGUCCGUCUCUCUGUGAUAUCGAAUGGUACAGUGUCCGAAGACGAUUUCUCCGGCCGUUACGACCUAAUGUAUGCUUUUGCAGCUUGUGGUCAUGUUUUGGACUCGGUCGAUGGGAUAUUGGGCAAAUACAAGCUCAAUGUCACGCCGCAUCGUCUUUGA